UGUCUCUUCUCUGUUCUCGCGCGGCGACAGAGCGCAUCUGUAAGCUUAUCUCCAAACCUAUCUAUCACGUAAAAACUGCACAGCCAUUCGCUUCACCAUUUCCCACCACGCCUCAUCCGCCAUGGCCGCCUCCUUCCUCCGCCCUCUCCUCCCUCCCAAACCUUUCCUCUCCACUCCCAAACCACAAGUCCCUAUCGCCCCCAUCACCGCCGUACGCUGCACCGCGGCGCCCAAACCGACCACCUCCACCCCCAAGCCUGCCCAGCAAGAAGGCAACCAGGAGCAAGAACCCACUCCCGACGAGGCCGACGCCAACCCCCACCGCAUCCCCGACGACGAGACCCCGCCGUCGGCGACUGCGACCACCUCCUUCUCGGUGGUCCGGCGCGUGCCGUCGGCCAUCUCGACGGACGGCCGCCUCCGCCGGACGGCGCUGACGCAGGAGGAGCCGCCCAACUACGAGAUCGGGUGGAAGCGCACCAAGAAUCUCCCCCUGGAGAAGCCCAAGGGGUGGGCCAUCGCCGACUUUCUGGAGAAGCUGGAGGGGCUGAUGGAGCGCGGGCGGUACGGGUCGGGCGCGCUGCUGGGCACGGUGGCGGGCGUGGUGACGGAGCGCGCCCGGGAGGAGGCGGAGAUCCUGAUGGCCGAGGGCGGCGUGGACGAGCGCGUGGCGACGGAGCUCUUCCGCGUGCUGCGGCUGGUGGAGAUGGACGUGGAGAUGGUCAAAGCCGCCGUCAAGGAGGAGACCGUCAAGGAGCGCGUCGAGACGGCGCGCGCGCGGUGCCGCCAGGCCAUCCUCGUCGCGCUCUCGCUGUGACCGUGGCUGCACGCACGCUUAGGGACGGGUGUAAUCACGUCUAAGUAUACUGCUAGCACUUAAUGCUGUGCAUAGAAAUUUUGUUAUCGAGUGGUGCAAUGAGGUCAGUCUACUCAAGCUGCAGCAAAUCUGAAUGUUCUGCACCGGUCAACUGUACGCCGGUUGUGUGUCAUUCUGCAAGAAGGCAGACAACAUGGCCGCAGACUCGAGCAGUCUAUGGUAGUGUCAUGGCCUGGUCGGGUCCACGACCCCUCUGCAGAUGACGAGACGUGGCAGGUGGCACCAUCUUUUCUGAGGGUUGUAAACGAAUCAGGUACAAUUCAGGCUAACUGUACUUUGCAUUUGAUGCUAAAUAAACUAGCUCUGUUUUAUUGCUA